AACAGUGUAUCAAUGCAUUCCUAUGGGUGGAGACAGAAACACACACCCAAAAAGAGCUCAGAGCAAGAAUAAAAGAGGAGGAGACAGGAUCAGAGUGGGACAGUGGAGCUUGUUGUUGGUGUCUGUGUGUGAAGAAACUAAAGAUGAUGGAAGAACCUAAAGAACAGCCAGUCAAAGCAGCUCCAUCAGCAGAGGAGGAGCUGGCCAGGGUGCGGUCAGCCUUUGUCUGGAGGGUAACAACAGAAAUCCUCAUACAGCUUCUUGAGGACCUCGUAUGUGACACUGUUUUAAAUGAGUUGGAGAAAGAAUCGAUACUGGAGAAGAACCUAGCCAGAGCAGAUAAGGCACGCAGCUUCAUCGACACAGUGAGGAAAAAAGGAGACAAAGCCUGCAGGAUAAUGAUCAGACAUCUUCAGAUCAAAGAUCCUUCUCUUUUCUCUCAGCUGCAUUUAGACUCUGAUCCAUCUGCUCAACAAGAUGCUCUUCAGAAGUGUCAGCCUAAACUCAAGUCUGUCUUGAAGAAGAAGUUCCAGUGUGUGUUUGAGGGCAUCGCUAAAGCAGGAAACCCAACCCUUCUGAAUCAGAUCUACACAGAGCUCUACAUCACAGAGGGAGGGACUGCAGAGGUCAAUGAUGAACAUGAGGUCAGACAGAUUGAAACAGCAUCCAGGAAACCAGACAGACCAGAAACAACCAUCAGACAAGAAGACAUCUUUAAAGACACACCCGAAAGACAGGACCUGAUCAGAACAGUGCUGACAAAGGGAGUGGCUGGCAUUGGGAAAACAGUCUUAACACAGAAAUACACCCUGGACUGGGCUGAAGACAAAGCCAACCAGGACAUCCAGUUCAUAUUUCCGCUGAGCAACUGUAACCUGUCAGAGGAAGGCUGUAAAAAUUUGUUGUCAGCCGUCAGCUCCCAGUCCUGCAGUCUGAGAGAGAUGGACCUGAGUACCAACAGCCUGAAUGAUGCAGCAGUAAAGCUUCUGUCUGCUGCAGUGGAGAGCCCACACGCCAAACUGAAUAUUCUGAGAGCUGGACCUGAGUAUCAGAAAUGUGCAGGACUCAGGAGUGAAGCUUCUGUCUGCUGGACUACAACGUUUAAACUGUAA